CUCUCUCCCAGGAACAUGGCGGCGAGUCAGGGAGGCGGUGGGAACAGUGGGGGCGGCGGUUGCGGUGGAGGUGGAAGCGGCGGUGGCGGUGGCGCGGCUGGCGGAGGAGGUGGCGGUGGAGGAGGAGGUGGCGGGGCCGGGGCGGGAGGAGGUGGCGGCUGUGGCGGGACCGUGGCGGUGCCCAUCCCGGUCCCGACUCUUUUCGGUCAGCCGUUCCCCAAUGGGCCGCAGUGGCACCCGGGGAGCUUGCAGCCUCAGCACACGGUGAGGAGCCUGGACCGGGCCCUGGAGGAGGCGGGGAACUCUGGCAUCCUGAGCCUCAGUGGCAGGAAACUCAGAGACUUCCCAGGCAGCGGCUACGACCUGACGGACACCACCCAAGCAGAUCUUUCCAGAAAUCGCUUUACAGAAAUUCCUUCAGAUGUGUGGUUAUUUGCACCACUUGAAACAUUAAACCUAUAUCAUAAUUGUAUCAAAACCAUUCCUGAAGCCAUUAAGAAUUUGCAAAUGUUAACAUACCUUAACAUUAGUCGAAAUCUUUUAUCAACAUUGCCAAAAUACCUAUUUGACCUUCCCCUUAAAGUUUUGGUUGUGAGCAACAAUAAACUGGUAUCCAUUCCAGAAGAAAUUGGAAAAUUAAAAGAUUUGAUGGAGCUGGACAUUAGCUGCAAUGAAAUUCAGGUUCUUCCCCAACAAAUGGGAAAAUUACAUUCCCUUAAAGAGUUAAACAUAAGAAGAAAUAAUCUUCAUGUUUUGCCAGAUGAAUUAGGAGAUCUCCCCUUAGUCAAGUUGGAUUUCUCCUGUAAUAAAGUGACUGAAAUUCCUAUUUGCUAUAGGAAGCUGCAUCAUUUGCAAGUAAUAAUUUUGGAUAACAAUCCAUUGCAAGUACCGCCAGCACAGAUAUGCUUAAAGGGUAAAGUACACAUAUUUAAGUACUUAAAUAUACAAGCAUGUUGUAGAAUGGAUAAGAAACCAGAUUCCCUGGAUCUUCCAUCGCUGAGUAAAAGAAUGCCUUCUCAGCCUCUCACAGACAGUAUGGAAGAUUUUUAUCCAAAUAAAAAUCAUGGCCCUGACUCUGGAAUUGGAAGUGAUAAUGGAGAGAAGCGAUUGUCUACAACGGAACCGUCAGAUGAUGAUACAAUCAGCCUUCACUCUCAAAUUUCAGAAUCGAAUAGAGAACAAGCAUCCAGAAAUGACAGUCAUAUAAUAGGAAGCAAGCCUGAUUCUCAGAAAGACCAGGAAGUGUAUGAUUUUAUUGAUCCCAACACAGAAGAUGUAGCAGUUCCUGAACAAGGGGAUACACAUAUUGGAUCAUUUGUCUCUUUCCUUAAGGGGAAAGAAAAGUGCUCCGAAAAGUCUCAGAAAAAUGAAGAACUGGGAAAUGAGAAAAAACUUGACAAAGAACAGUUACAUCCGGAAGAAGAUGAUGAUGAUUUGAAAGAAGUAACUGAUUUGAGGAAGAUAGCUGCUCAGUUAUUGAAGCAAGAACAGAAGAACAGAUGGAGGCCUUUAAGUUAUAGAACAUCAUUCAGUGACAAACUCUUCCAGAGGACCAGAGCAGCAGGACGGAAAUCAAGGAUUCUUAAUCAUUCAACUUCUGUCAUGAGAAAUAAGCUGAAACAAACUGUGGAAUGUGAAAAGAGUGUCUCAGCAGAUGAAGGGAAUUCACCAUUAUCACCCCUGGCGUGGCAGCCAUUAGAAAAUCAGAAGGAUCAAAUAGGUGAACAACAGUGGCCAGAAUCUCAGCCUAUAAUCUGGCAAAAUGAAGAACGGAGACGGAGCAAGCAGAUCAGAAAAGACUAUUUCAAGUACAAGUCAACAAGGAAGAAUUCAAGCGGCAAUGAAAAUGAGGAGCAAGAGAGUGAUAAUGCUCAUAUGUCACCACAGUCUCCAGUAUCAUCCGAGGAAUAUGACAGGACUGAUGGCUUUUCACAUGGUCCCUUUGGCUUGAAGCCUAGAUCAGCCUUUAGUCGUGCAUCUCGGCAAGAGUAUGGGGCUGCAGAUCCAGGAUUUACAAUGAGAAGAAAGAUGGAACAUUUACGGGAAGAGCGUGAACAGAUAAGGCAGCUUCGCAAUAAUCUUGAAUCCAGAUUAAAAGUAAUUCUGCCUGAUGACAUAGGAGCUGCACUGAUGGAUGGGGUUGUUCUUUGCCAUCUGGCCAAUCACAUAAGGCCACGCUCUGUAGCUAGUAUUCAUGUACCAUCACCAGCGGUGCCCAAGCUGAGUAUGGCAAAAUGUCGAAGAAAUGUAGAAAAUUUUCUUGAUGCUUGCAAAAAGUUGGGUGUUUCCCAGGAGAGACUCUGCUUGCCUCACCAUAUUUUGGAAGAACGAGGUCUUGUGAAAGUCGGUGUUACGGUUCAAGCACUCCUUGAAUUGCCUACUACCAAGGCAUCACAGCUUUCUAUGGCUUGAUGUGAUGAUGAAAAAACUACACGUGUAUAAUUUCAUGUAUUUGAAAUGAUUUCGGAGAUCUCAAAAUCAUGGAGAAGAAUGUCCAGUAAAAAUAGUUUGCCUUAGGUUGCUUUUUUCAAAAUUACAUUAAGAUCACAGAUUUAAACUUUUGAGUUGUCCAAACAAUUUUUGGAGGAAAAUUGGAUUAAUUUAAUAGGAGUUUUGAUAAAUUAAAAAUUUGCUUUUAUUAUGUAAUUCAAGAACCUUGACUAAUUUUCAAAAUGAUGAUUGAUACAAAAUUAAAACAUGCUUUCAAUUUAACAAUUACAUUAAGUUGAAUAUUUUUACAUCACCGUAUACUAGUAAACAUCUGGGUAAAAGUAAUCAUAUUUUAGGAUAGCAGUUCUAUAUUUGAGUUAUUUCAUAUACUUCUAGUUUGUACACAAUCUCUUCAAUAUUUUGUCUUUGUUUCCUAGGAAAAUAAUGAAUAGAAAAAAAAAAACAAAACCCUGGCAUUAUUCAAUUCUUUUAGUAUUAUCAGUUGGUGCCAAAAUAUUUUCAUUUAUAUUGUAGGUUGUUUACAUGUGAAGUGCCUGUGUAAUUGAUGAAUCUCAAAUAGUCUUAAGCAUUUUUGCUAUUUCUUUUUAUGUAUUAAUAGAAUCAAUGGAAUUUUUAAAUAUUUUGGUAGAUUUUGUACGGUCAGUAAUACGUGAGGAUUCAAAUGUGCCUCACAUUGGUGGUUUCUUAGUUAACCCAUUGCAGUUUUCAUUAAAUUGGUUCUUUCAUGUUGUCAAAAAUGUUAAUGUGCUUAAUUUAUGCUAUUUAAUUUUGCAAAAGCAUACUCAUCUUUUAAAUUGUUUUAUCUGAAGAGUAUUUUAUUUCUGUGUUGGAAACAUUACACAAAACAGUAAGACUUUGGAGGGCCAGGGAAGUACUAAUUGUCAAGGACAUUUUGAUGCAACUGUCAGUGUUUGGGUUUAUAUCUUGACUUAUCAGAACAAUAAGUACAUCAGUGCUGCCUUCCAUAUUCAGAGAGCAGCCAUUGAGAAACAGGGUUUGAUUCAAAAUUUGGCCAUUUCUGGACCAUGUACACCUUGUGAUCCUCAAGUAACUUGAUGUUGAAUUAAACAGUCUGUUUCAUGAAAUAGUAUGUUCUGUAAAGUCCUUGCUUGAUUUGAAGAUGGAUAAACUUACGAUGGUAGUAGUGCAGGAAUUUUUCCAAAACAUUACUGUGAUGAAUAACUCAGUUUAUUAUAGAAGAGCCUUCAUAUUCACUUUUGUAGUAGCCAAGCAAGUAUCAUUUCUUAAUUGUGUGAUUAUUUGCACUUGUUACCUCUUAAUAUGGAUGCAACUUAAUAAAAAAAAAUGUUGGCCUGAAUAUUUCAAAGGACAUUUAUAAAAUGUAAAAUGUCAUGUGCCAAAUACUAUGGUAAGGAUUGGUUUUAGGAAUAAUUCUACAUUUUCUUUUGGUCAGUUGUCAGGAAGCCAUAUUUUUGAAUUUUGGCUUCAGAAUAUAGAUGUGUUCUUUUCAUUCCCCAUGAGUCAAAUUGGAGCUAUGGAAGAGUAAAAGCUUUUUAUUAUUGUAAGUUUUAAGAAUUAAAUUAUUAAUAACUUAUUAUUUAAAUAUUUGAUCUAAUUAGAUAUGAUAAAAAUAGUUGGAUCUGAAAAAUAUCCCCAUUGACAAUGAAUCUCCUUAGUGAAAAUUUGGAUAAUAUAGCUAAUUUAGUAAAUACCUUAGCUGAUAAAUUUUUAAUUUAGACAGUUGACAGCAUUACAAAUUUAAAAAAAUUAACAACCAAAACAAUCAUUCAUACCUCUCUCAUGGUUAUUGUGCUUUAGAAUUUCUCUUAUUAAUUAAUCUUGUGUUAUUUUCCAAGUAUUUUGUGCUUUGUUAUUAUUGAAAUAGUUGUGAAACUUCAGGCAAUUCUUUUACUACAUUUCACUUGUCAGUUAGCUAUUACCUUAUAGAGAAAAGACACCAGAACUUCAGUGCUCAUUCUUUAUAGCAAAUAAAGCUUCUUUUCAAGAGGGGUCCCCUUGAGGUCUGUAACACAGCAGUUCAAUUAUUAUUGUGCCAAAAGGCAUUACCAAUAUCACUUCCAAUGCGGUUUCAUUAUAGUCCACAAUGACAACCUUAUACCAAGAUCCUCACACGUUUCUGUUAGUAGUUUUUUAGUGUAAAUUUAUUCUAAAUGUUUUCUAUGGCUUAUUAUAUACUUACUUCAUCAGUUAUUGCAUUAACAAUUAACAAAUCACAAUGGUUUUGUGAUUUGAGGAGAAUUGAAUAAUCAAAGAAUAUUUUAUUGGGCCCAAAAUAUCAUUACAUAGCUACUUCUGUUAAAUUUUAUGACCAUAUGGCACAAGAAGGAAGUGAUGUUGGAUAUGUUUGAAUUGAAAUGAGUAAAAAUGCAUAACCAUUUGUUUAAUACUUAUCUUUAUAGAAUGCUAGUUUAAUGACUUUUCUAACUGAAUUUUUUGAAGAAUUCAGAAAUGUUUGUAUUAGUCACAGAUUUAUCAUAAUUGAUUUUCUGAUGCAUUUAAAAAAUGGAACACUAAAUGUAUAUUACCGAUGCAAACUGUGGAUAAAAUUAAAUGAAAAAAAAUCUAA